CGCCCAGAGUCACAACACAUGGCAGCAAUAAGUGCACCCGAAUGGGUGAAUCAACAAUUAUUCAAUGGCGUAUUAAAACAAAGUAUUCACGAUUUUCAAAGCAUACAAAACUUUGAUGUAAAGGCUGCGAUCAGCGGGGGCGAAAACUUCCUAACUAUAGUUCUACGCAUUCAAAUACAAAUAAGUCUGAAAGAUGAUAAGACCAAGAACAUCAGUUUCAUUUUAAAACUACCACUUGUAAGCGAUUUGGGUGACAAGCACGAUUUUCACGACCUCUUCGUGGUUGAGAAUGAAAUGUACGAUUCCAUUGUGCCCGAACUGGAGGCAAUUUAUGCCAAAAAUGCAGACCUCAAUAUAAAAUUCAAGCCAGUGCAUAUUAAAUUCAUCGAACCGGAGCCCAAAUGCGAUUAUAUCUUGAUGGAGGAUUUGCAUGAGAGAGGCUACAAAAAUCUGCAACGACUGGACGGUCUUGGACAGCCAGAAAUGGAGUCUGUGCUCAAAAAACUUGCCCAGUGGCAUGCAGCUUCAGCACAACGAGUGGCUGAGCUUGGACCCUAUGGAGAGCGCUAUCAAUUGAGUUAUUUUGGAGAAGAAAGUGCCAAAAUGUUGGAGAAUAUGAACAACAAUUUUAAUCUGCCCUUCUUAGAGUGCAUGCAGCAAUACAAUUUGAAUCCGGACAUGAUGUUGUUUAUCAGCAAUUACACAUCCCGCUUGACGGAUUUAUACAUCGAAUUUGGUAAAGUAGACCCAGAAGAGUUCAAUGUUCUCAAUCACGGUGAUUUCUGGUGCAACAACUUCAUGUGUAAACUUAACGAGGAUACAAGCGCCAUUGAGGACAUUUGCUUUGUGGACUUCCAACUGCCAAAAUAUGGAACGCCAGCCCAGGAUUUGUUCUGCUUGCUAAUGACAACUUCUGAAUUUAGCAUAAAAUUGAAGAAAUUUGAUCAUUUUAUAGCGUACUAUCAUGAAGAACUCGUCGCGCAUCUCAAACUGCUCAGGUACCCCAAAAAAGUGCCCACCCUUGCGGAAUUGCAAGCAAACCUGCAAAAGAACAGCCUCUGGGCAUUUGUAUGCGCUCAGCGGAUGCUACCGGUGGCGCUGCUGCCGUCAACCUCCGAUGCGAAUAUAGAGAAUUUUAUGAGCAGCUCGGACAAGGGCGUGGCAUUCAAGCGUAAAAUGUUGCUGAAUCCCAGCUACAAAAAGCAAAUUGAAAUUAUUCUGCCCUGGCUCAUCGACCGGAAUUAUAUAAACUGAUCGUGGGAUUCUUUAAAUCUGUUAAUAAUAAUAUGUAAUUAAAACUGAUAAGUAAAAUAGUGAAAACUAAGAUUUAGAAAAACAAAUAUAUUUAAUUAUGUAGUAACUGAUA